AUGCGAUUGGUGCAGGCCCAUCUUGCUCCGUGCUGCUCCAUUUGGCCGGGCAGAACCAGUGCUGGGUCAGCCUCCGUGGUCCCUGGAGAGGAGGAGGUCUUCCUGGGGGCAGCAGACGCCACACCCGUCAGCAGGACCCGGCCUCCAGGAAGACCCCCACUCCAGGAAGACCCCCGCUCCAGGAAGACCCCCAAUCCAGGAAGACCCCCAAUCCAGGAAGACCCCCACUCCAGGAAGACCCCCACUCCAGGAAGACCUCAGCCUCCAGGAAGACCCCCCCACUCCAGGAAGACCCCCGCUCCAGGAAGACCUCAGCCUCCAGGAAGACCCCCACUCCAGGAAGACCCCCGCUCCAGGAAGACCCCCAAUCCAGGAAGACCCCCACUCCAGGAAGACCCCCACUCCAGGAAGACCCCUGCUCCAGGAAGACCCCCACUCCAGGAAGACCCCCCGCUCCAGGAAGACCCCAGCCUCCAGGAAGACCCUGGCCUCCAGGAAGACCCCCGCUCCAGGAAAAACCCAGCCUCCAGGAAGACCCCUGCUCCAGGAAGACCCCCGCUCCAGGAAGAACUCAGCCUCCAGGAAGACCCCCGCUCCAGGAUGCCCCCCACUCCAGGAAGACCCCAGCCUCCAGGAAGACCCCCACUCCAGGAAGACCCCAGCCUCCAGGAAGACCCCCACUCCAGGAAGAACUCAGCCUCCAGGAAGACCCCUGUUCCAGGAAGACCCCCGCUCCAGGAAGACCCCCACUCCAGGAAAAAACCCACUCCAGGAAGACCCCAGCCUCCAGGAAGACCUCAGCCUCCAGGAAGACCCCCACUCCAGGAAGACCCCCACUCCAGGAAGACCCCAGCCUCCAGGAAGAUCUCAGCCUCCAGGAAGACCCCCACUCCAGGAAGACCCCAGCCUCUAGGAAGACCCCAGCCUCCAGGAAGACCCCCACUCCUCCAGGAAGACCCCCACUCCAGGAAGACCCCUGCUCCAGGAAGACCUCAGCCUCUAGGAAGACCCCCGCUCCAGGAAGACCCCAGCCUCCAGGAAGAACCCUGCUCCAGGAAGACCCCAGCCUCCAGGAAGACCCCCACUCCAGGAAGACCCCCGCUCCAGGAAGACCCCCACUCCUCCAGGAAGACCCCCACUCCAGGAAGACCCCCACUCCAGGAAGACCCCCACUCCUCCAGGAGGACCCCAGCCUCCAGGAAGACCCUUCAGAGCUUCGCAGCCAUGUGUCUUUUUUUCCAAUAG